AUGCGGGUCCAGCCCCAGGGAGCAGAGCAGCCCGUGGGACACUACGACACAGACGGCAGGGUCCCACCAGGCUCCGGGCCGUCCCCACCAAGCCGGUCCCCAGCGGAGUGGGACUUGCGGCCGGAGCUGGUGGCCCUGCGUGCCCGGACGAGGCUGUGGUUCGGGCAGACGCCAGCCAUGAGGCUGGGGGCCGAGGGCGAGCUCCCAGCGUGGUUCCACGGCUUCACCAGCCGGAGGGAGACGGAGCAGCUGCUGCAGGAUCAGCCCCUGGGCUGCUUCUUGGUCCGCUUCAGCGAGAGCACCGUCGGCUUCGUCCUGUCCUACAGGGGAAGGGAUCGCUGCCGGCACUUUGUCCUGGACCAGUUGCCGGACGGGCGGUACGUGAUCCUGGGGGAGCGGAGCGCCCACGCCGAGCUGGCCGACCUGCUGCAGCACUACGCCAUCGCCCCCGUCACCCCGUACCACGAGUUCCUGACGGAGGACGAGCCCCAAGGAGGGACACAGACCUCAGCCGGCAGCGAUGCUGCGCGUUGCCCGUCGAGCGAAGCGCCAGCAAACUUCCCGGCGUACAGCAGCGUGUCCAAGGGGACCCCGGGAGCCAGGCAGCCGACCGCGGCGCGGAAAGGCUCCUCCAGGGAGGCUCCCGACAUCCCCCCGCCGCUCCCAGCCAAGUCCAGCUCCUCAGCUGCAGCUCAGGGGCCGCACAGCCCCGCUGGCGGUGCAGCAGCUCCCGAAGGUCUCUACGCUCCGGUGCACAAAGAAACUCUCCCCGCGCCGCCCGACGUCAAGUCCCACCAGCUCAUGUGCUUCCACACCUACGCCGAGCCCCACGAGGGCAUCGCCCCCAGUUCCUCCACCUACUGCGAGCUGGAAGAGCCCAUCCCCUUCUACGCCAUGGGACGGGGCUCCAGCCCCGGCGCCAACCCCGAAGAGAAUAUCUACUCCGAGGGGACGAGGGACCCUCCGCUGGAUUUCGACGAUCCCGUUUACGGGCGGAGGACGAGUGCCGCAAAGCGAGCCGCGGCUGCGGCAGCGCAGGAGGGCCCCGAGAAUAUUUACGAGCAGCUUUCCGAAGACCGACUCUAA